GUUGCUAUUGGAGAUGUAAUGUAGGAAGUAAUUCCACUGCUUGUCGGGCUUGUUUUGACGGCUCGACGUCUGUUGACACUACACUGUUCUUAUGACCUUUUACCAUUUAUUUCGGAACAGUAUUUGACAACAUUUGAUAUUCUAUCAGCUGUCGCUAAGUGCGUGAAAGUGAAAAGGUAAGAGUCGAUGAGUCGAAGUCGAAACCCACCUCCCCGAGGUCAAGGGGCAGCACGCGCUAGACAGAUGGGGCUGCUCCUUGACCUGACCCCGGAUGGGGGGAUGGAUGAUGACGGUAACGAUGAAGAGUUUGAGGCUGAGCUACACAAUUUGAUGGGAGAAGGAGGAGGACCGCAAAGGAAAAAACGUGAAAAUAAAGGUCCCGUUGCAAUGGCUGACAUUGAGAGAAUGGCCGCUCUUUGCAUGAAAGACCUGGAUGAAGAGGACUUGAAUGAUGAGGAUUUGGUUGAUGAUGAAGAUCUGCUGGCGGAACUGAAUGAUGUUUUGGAGGACAAUGAGGAAAGCAGUCCUUCUCAGAUCUCACAGGCUCCUAGAGGCUCCCAAUCUUCUCCUGCGAAUUCCACUGGUGCAACUGGAUUGGAAAGCCGUGUGUUUGAGCGCCUUGAGAUGUACAAAACUGCCAUCUCCAAUGCAACUGCAUCUGGGGAGACAAGCAAAGCUCGAAGAUAUGAUCGUGGAUUAAAGACAUUGCAGUCCAUGCUUGCAUCAGUCAGAAAAGGAAAGCCAGUCAACGAGGAGGAGAUGCCACCUCCUGUUGCUUUAGGCGGAAAAGCUGGUGCUGCAGCUGAGUCUGAAUCCACAAACGAACAAGAAAUGUCUGAGCCCACGCUGAUUCCCUACCCUCCGGUCAAUCAAAAACCUUCUUGGGAGACAGAGCCAGCAGCUCCUAAUACUAAACCACUCCAUUUAGCUCCACCCCACAACCCAGCUGCUGCCAUCACUCCGGAAACCCCGAUAAUCUCUCCAUUGACACCCUGUCAUCCUGGCACACAACACUCAGAACUUAAACAGACAGUGUUGUCCCGACAGAGAGAGUACAAGCUAGCGGCCAUACAAGCCAAACAGAGUGGUAACAUUGAACUGGCCAAACAGCACUAUGUCACUGCCAAGAAUCUGGACCCAUUGGUGGAGGCCAUUGAUAGGAGUGAACCAGUAGACCUGAACUUGCUUCCUCCAAGCCCUGGUCAGUGUUCUGGAGACGUAGCCGAAUCACACGCACUGCCUUCCGCUAAACGACAAGCCACUGCUGCUCCAACAACCACGCAGGAACCAGCCGCUGACCUUCCCGCUCCCAGCAAUGUGGCAGAAGCCUUGCAGCAAAGAAUGGACAUAUACAAAUCAGCAGCAGAUGGAGCUAAGAGCAAAGGAGAUGAGCGUAAAGCACGUAUGCAUCAACGUAUUGUUAAGCAAUACCAAGAUUCUAUUAAAGCACACAAAGCUGGCCGACCUGUCAGCUUGUCGGAUCUACCUGUACCACCAGGUUGUCCACCAUUACAGGGCUCAGAGAAGGAUCCGCAAAACAUUAUGGGUGUCCUGGAAACAGCUAUGAAAAUAGCAAAUCGGGAUCCAGACGCAGAAGAAGACGAGGACAGUCCAAAAGAGACUGCCAAGACAGUUAUUUCUCCUCAGUCCUCUGCGCGUGGAGUUGCCCAGAAAACUAAAUCUCCAGCGUCUCAAGCCCCUGGGGUUUCCACAAUACUAAAACUGGGAGCCAAAGCACAACAGCAAGUGGAUUUCCUGUUGCUACGGCGACAGGCAUUUUUGCGUGCAGCACUACACUCAAAAAAGAUGAAGGACAUGACGGCCGCAGCGCAGCACCUCAGACACGCUAAAGGACUCGACCCCAUGAUCGAAGCAGCAAAGUCUGGCCUCCCUAUUGAUAUCACCAAGAUACCCAGCAGUCCAGUCAGUGAGGAAGACUUUUUGCUGACUCGUUCCCGUACAUCACCUCUUUCUUCUCGUAUCAGUGGACAAUACCAGACCCUCAUGGAUCUUUUGCGAAAGCAGCAUGAGAAAUGUCUGAGUCGCUCACAGCAGUUCAUACUCAUGGGCAAUAUUGGCGAGGCUCUCAAGUGUGAAAAGCUUGUAGAGGAUUCCUUAAAAAAUUUAGAAAUACUGAAGGAUUCCUACACCAAGGGCCAUCCAGUGCCCAACUGUCACACGAAAGAGAAGACCUUCAGUGUUGUCAAGAACUACCCCAAUCUGACUCCCAAUGACAUGAUACUGUACAUCAUCAGAGGCAUCAACCUACCAGUUCCCCCUGGUGUCUCGCCUAAUGAUCUGGAUGCCAGUGUGAAGUUUGAGUUUCCUUUUCCCAGUGUGGAGGAGGCACAGAGGGACAAAACCAGCACAAUAAAAAGUACUACCAGUCCGGAGUUUAAAGAGCAGUUCAAACUCAACAUCAACCGCGCGCACAGAGGAUUUAAACGAGUCAUCCAGUCCAAAGGCUUCAAAUUUGAGAUCAUCCACAAGGGAGGCCUCUUUAAAACAGACAAGGUUGUGGGCACAGCUCAACUGAAGCUUGAGGGUCUAGAAAACCAUUGUGAUGUCAGAGAAAUUAUCGAGGUGAUGGAUGGACGUAAAGCCACAGGUGGCAAGUUAGAGGUGAGGGUGAAGAUCAGAGAGCCCAUAUCCGGGGUAGAACUCCAGCCUACGACAGAAAAGUGGCUAGUCCUUGAACCAGUCUCCCCUGUCUCACCUCCAGAGCGACAAAGAGAACGGGUUCCAAAUUUUGGAUCUAAACCUAAACGUGAGGUGAGCAACAGAAGCAGCCACUCCAGCAGCUCUCCCCCUCAGUACAAGCUGCACAGCUUCAGCCUCCUCAACUACGACAAGGAACGAUUAGAGAGAAAGAUUGCGGAGUACAGUAAGAACCGGCGGGAUCCCCCAACUGAUGUCUUUCAUCAGUACAAAGAGAUCACACACAGGCUGCAGUGGCAAAAAGCUCAGUUAGAGGGAGCCUCUCCUUCUCUGCUCUCAGAGUAUGAAAAUGUACUGCAGCGCUUCACCCAAGGACUCGCUGACUCUGUGAAGAAAUUUUCAAGUCAAGGCAAUCGGGUGAAUGCGGUGUCAGGGUUGACUCCUGUUCAAACAUGAUGAUGCUGCCAAGGAUGCUCUGAGCAGGAUGAAGAUGGUAGAGGCUGAGCUGGAAUCACUGAAGAGGAAACGCACUAGAUAAGGGGAGACUAGUUUGGCCAAGGAUUGUCUGGAGUAAAGUUGUCUUCUCUCUUCUCACUCACAUGUACACAAAGAUACAAACACUAGCACUCCACACUCAAGACCUUUGUCAUGGUUCUAUGCUGCACGACCAUAACAAAUGCAGGGAGCCACGUGUUAAUUAAGAUUAUAUUUUGUUGGGGGAAAAAAACCACAAAAAAGGGAAACCUAAAUAAAAACAAAUAGAAUAGUUUUACACUAAAAAGACAAGAAGUAUUGUUAAAAGGACAAACACUACAGUAAACCUUCUCAAAAACCCCCAUGAUUGUUUUAUGUCUGCUUUCAAGUGCACAUAACCAAAAUGGGUACGCGCUUGAUCAAUACUCGGAGGUAUUUUAGCACCUUUCCUCGUUAUUUUAUGGGUAUAAGGAUUUUAAUCUAAUCUGUCUGGUUCAAUGUUCUCAGAUUAUAGUAAUCUGCUGCAUUUGCAGUGGUGUGAUAUGGGAGUGAAAAAACAAAACAAAAACGGGGCUUUGGGGCACCAUAGCCUACAUCACAUAAUGAGGGAUUAGUGUUUGUGUCACCAAGGAGACAACUACAUCAGACAUAAAGUCGCCUUUGGGGUUGCAGAAGGGCGGAGUGUUAACAGUGUGCUAUGAAUGUUGUUGCAGUUUAGCACUGCCUUCUUCAUCAGCCACUUGCUUUUUGACGCCUCCUUCACCUUCUCUGUCUUCACACUAAUUCCCUUCACAUACAUUCAGGCAUUACUCAGCGUUACAUGCAGCUCCAUUUGGAUUUUCUUCUAAGUCUCAAACAGAGUUAAAUCCUCGGUGCCGUCUAAUAGAAAAUAAUUAGCGGCUUCUACCGCUAUAACUGUGUAUUCAUUCAUAUACAUGCUGGGCAGAGCCAUCAAUUUAAGAUCUCUUUGAUUAUGUCUGAUGUACUUUUUUGGUGCUCUUAAUUAUAAUUUGUCAAUUGAAAUGGUGUUAGAAAAGAUUACCGUCAAUCCAACCAUUUUCAAAUGCUUCUGCUGUCGAUGGUGGUGGGGAGCUUCCUUUCAUAUCGGUGACCUGCUGUAUUCACGCGUGCUUGCUUACUGCCUCGAUUCUCUCUGACAGUUAAGAGAGCAUCAUUAAUGGCAGUCCAUACUUGUGCUCUCUACGAUGACGGGUCUAAAUGUUUGCUGUUGUGUUGGUUUACAUUUGGAAAAUAUAAUUUGCAUCACAGUUUUUGUCAAAAUUAUCCUGAGAGUUUUUUUUGACAAUGUUUUCUUUCUUUAUGGAGCAGACAAAAAAUAAUCCACGUGGAUAGUGCUGAAUUUAGAUGAUGUUCAUAUGUUCUUGGCCUGAAAUGUUAAAAACAAUCAAAAAAUGAUGAAAAUGCCACUUUCACUUAUAAAUUCAAGCAGAUUGCUGUUGCUAUGGAAACAGUUUCGCAAAAACUAUAAACUAUAAUUUUUACUGAUAGUGAAGCACUAUAUCGUUAAUACUUUUCACCCAAUGAAUUAAACAAUUAUGUAGUAUGUAAAACUGCUUUGAUGCAUCAGUAAAAUAGCCAAAAUCGCUCAAACCGACUUCAAGAAAUAUGAAUGUAUUUUACCCAUGUCACCUGAUCUCCCACCUGGUUACACAAGCUUUUAACUCUACAUCACCUCAAAACACACAAACACAACCUGACACAUUACCCGCUCUUUGAGUAAGAGGCUGUGUUGUUGUCAUGGUGACAAGAUCAUCAGCAUUCAGUGAGGAUUUUGGAUGGUUUGAGUUGUGCAGAAUUACAUACAUACUGUAAUUCAAAACUUUGCUCAUCUGGUAAAAAAAUUACUUUCUCACACACACACACGCAUAUAUAUAUAUAUACACGUGUAUGUACGUAUGUAUGUAUGUAUAUGUGUGUGUGUAUAAUGAGGCUCCAUCGUUAGAAUGACUGCAGGGAAAGCGGUGUGGCUUAUUAUUGUCAUUAUUUUGUCUAGUUCUAUGUAUUCCAUUGGGUUGCGCUUGUUGAACAAAUCACCUUUUUUUAUUCUGUUCUUCCAUAUAAGUGCAAUCAGAAACUAUUUAUAUACAGAACAAUGGCAUUUGAUGCUUUUUCUCUAUUUUCAAACGUGUCAUGACAAUUUGUGCAUCUCAAAGCGGGAAUGAAUCAAAAGUGUAAUAUGUACAGGGUUUGUUUUAAUAUGAAUAAAUGGUAAACUCUG